AUGAUGUCGGAUUCAAAGGCCAUUGCACCGGUGGCUGUGUCGGAUACCACGUCUGACCUGGACAACUCCAAGGAAGUUGGUUCGGUAAGCGUUGCCGAGCCCACUUCUCACGAGGUGCAGACAACAUCGUGGUGGCGCAAGAUACUUGGCCUCGUCUGGGACUCUGUCGAAGGAGAUCCAGAAUAUCGAGCAUAUGUCCAGAGGCUGGAUCUGUUCUUCUUCCCGACUGUCUGUCUUGGUUAUUUCAUUAAGUACUUGGAUCAAACGAACUACAGCAAUGCCUUCGUCAGUGGCAUGCAACAGGACCUUGCCCUCUACGGCAAUGAGAGGAACUGGCUCAACACCUGGUUCAGCUUGGGCAUCAUGAUUGGUAGCGUUCCAGCUCAGAUGCUUCAGCUCAGUCAUAUUCGGUCUUCGAUCUUGAUCCCAACUUGCGAAGUAAUCUGGUCAUUGCUCGUCAUCGGCAUGGGUUUCUCGAAGAACAUCGAGACCAUGUACGCUCUUCGAUUCUUUAUCGGUCUGUUCGAAAGUGUCGCCUUUCCCGGUUACAUUUCGAUGCUCGGAGGCUGGUAUGGACCGAAGGAGCUCACCAAGCGCCUUGCUAUUCUCCUCCAAGUUGAAUCGAUUGCCAGUAUGUUCAGUGGGUAUCUUCAGGCAGGACUCUACACCAGCAUGAACGGUCGCCACGGCCUUGCUGGGUGGCGUUGGUUGUUUGUCAUGGAUGCUAUCAUAUCUCUUCCAAUCGCCAUAUGGGGCUUCUUCGGAUUGCCGGAUCUACCUCAUAACACCAGAGCGUUUUACUGGUCUGCGGAUCAUAUCAAGUAUGGCGUCGAAAGAAUCGAGAAGUUCGGCCAAAAGGCCCAGGAGAAGUUAACCUUCAAGGAAGUGAAGCGUAUCUAUCUUGGAUGGGAGAUCUGGGCAUUCAUCGUUCCCUACACCAUGGUCGCUGCCUGUCACUCGGCCACGAGCUACUUCAAUCUUUGGCUCAAAUCUGCCGGCUACAGCGUUGUCCAGACAAACAUCUUGCCCACCGGUGGAAGCGCCCUCAAUAUCGUGGCCACGGUAACAUGGGGUAUCAUAGCCGAUCACACUGGGCAAAACUAUUUGAUGAUUGUCAUUGUGCAGGCAUUUAUGAUUUUGUCCAACAUCCUCUUGUCGGUCUGGACGAUCCCCAAGGGUGCUCUGAUGUUCGCAUACUACUUAUCAUACGCUGGGUCUGCGGCCACUCCGGUGCUCAUCAGUUGGGCAAACAGACUGAAUGCAGGUGACCCGAGUCUCCGACAGCUACUGGUCGCGAGUGCCAAUGUUGUCUCUUACGCAUUCGUGCUCUGGGUUCCAUUGGUGCUUUUCCCAACGUACGACGCGCCCAAAUAUAAGUACGGUUACCAGAUUCUUAUCUUGUUCGGAGGUCUGGCCAUCAUCAGUGUGACUUUGAUGUGGUACUUGUACAGACGCAGAGAAAACGCGCUCAACGAGAAGAUCAAGGAGCAGAGGGAGGCCAAGAGAUUGCAACAGAGAGGACCGCCACGCAAUGACGACUUGCUCAGGUAG